AUGCCGCCUCGUAUCAAUCUUUUCACAGUGGGUAAGGCCUUGCCUGGCUUUCGCCCAUCCACCUCAUCCGCGGUCAGCUCGCGUUUCAGUAUCAACCGGCCUCAUGCCGCAUCGACCGUUCAAGCACAGAGACGAUGGAACUCAUCGAAAUCAGAGAAGAAGGACGAAUUGGAUGUGUUAAAAGGGCCUACGGAAGAUCCGUUGCCCCACGUCAGUGAGGAGGCCGCGCAGAUGGACAAGAUCCUGCACGGUGGGAAGUAUGAGGCUGCUGCCAGCCCGGAGUUGGAGCAGGGGACUCCCGUCGCUGAGAUCCUGCAGCGCGAUAAAGACGCCCUGAAGCACAUGCCCAAGGUGAUGCAAGACCAGCUGAAGCGAUCGUCUGGCAACCGGUCCUUCUCGACCUUCACACGCCGCUACCAGCCCGACCUACAGGGUCAGGAUGUGACGGAUCCCUCGGUGGCCGUUGUCGCCAAUAUGAUCAACCAGGUGAACCAGGACGUCGCGGAGCUGCACCCCGGACUGAAGUUUCCCGCGCCCGAGAGUCUUCCCAAGACGGAGAAUUUCCGCGAGAGAUAUGAUCCGUUGCUGGAGCAGUUUACGAAAUUGCUUAUGCGGGACGGGAAGUUGAGCAAGGCCCAGAAGGUUUGUACAUCGCUCGGAAUUCGGCAGGUGGCCAGUGCUAAUCUAGUUGAUGUUCAGAACAUGUCUUUCAUCCUUGACCACCUUCGAACUGCCCCUCCCCCCCAACCGCACCCGAAGCGCCCUCUCCUCCCUGGUCCUCCUGGCCCUCAACUCCCUCUGAACCCCGUCCUCUACCUCACCUUGAUUGUCGACUCGGUCGCACCUCUGAUCAAGAUCCGUCAGCAGAAGGGUAUUGCCGGUGGUGGUGCCGCCGUGCAGAUUCCCGUUCCUUUGAUGCAGAGACAGCGGCGGCGGACGGCUAUCAGAUGGAUCAUCGAUGCCUCUGAUAAGCGGCGGGACAGCAGUUUCGCUCAGCGAGUCGCUCACGAGCUGGUCGCUGUUGCGGAAGGUCGUAGUGGAGUGUGGGAUCGGAGGGAAGCGGUGCACAAGCUUGGUAUCGCGGGUCGUUCGAAUCUUGGUCUGGUCACCCAGCGCAGGUAA